AGGCAAGUUCGUCUCUCUCGGAGGAGGCAUCACUGACUGUCUUCUUCUUAUCUCUACGCUGCUCAAGCCUCAGGAGCUCCUUCCCUCGAUAAUACCAGUGUUCCUUUGGUCGAAACCAUUAUAUCCAAUCGCCGGUGUCACAUAUUUCGGGUAGCAGCGAGGUGUGGAUGCGCUUUCUCAUAAGAGUCGGAGAAACAAGUUAAUUUUGGCAGAGCGAGGGAAUUGAAAGAACUAAUGGAGCCUGUGGAGUUCCUCCUGCUACUGCUGCAGCUGAUAGCAGUGACUUCAGCAGCAAGCUAUCCAACGUUUCCGCUCCCUUCCACCUGCCCAAAAAGCUGUGGUAAUAUCAGCAUAGUGUACCCCUUCGGCGUCGGCGAUGGCUGCUUCCGUCCGGGCUUUGAACUCACCUGCAACCACACAACCUCUCCUCCUAAGCUUUUCUUGGGCGCCAGCAAUAUCGAAGUCAACAGGAGCAUUGACGCUGUGGAUGGCCGGGUUUACAUCAAAGCUGCAGUCAUUACCAUGGGCAUCGACGUCGGUUCUUCCUACACCCCAUUGAUGAAUCUAGGGAAUGGACCUUACAAUUUCCUUUUGCUGGACGUGUAUAGCAUUCCCUACUCAUACUCGUUCGGGUAUCACACGCUUUCGGUCAUCGGCUGCAGCGCUUUGGCCUCCAUAGUGAAUCCCACCGACGGGAAGAUCAUGGGGCAAUGCUUGACACUAUGCCCUGGCAAUGGCACGAGCCAGAUCGAUGAAGGAUUUCUGACAGGUUAUGGCAUCGGUCACUGCGAGAACUUUGUAUCUCCAUGGAGUGGCCAGGGGAAUAAUCUGACUAAGUCAUUAGGAAUUCGAUUAACGCGACUUAACCAGAGCGAGCUACAUUUGGUGAACGACUCCAGCAUCAAGGCCGUCAUGUCUUUCCAAUACUACACGAGAGAUGAACUCGAGGGGCUUAAUGGCGAUGUGGAGCUCCCCCUCGGGUGGUUCAUCAACGAUCGACCAUCCUGCGAAGAAGCACAGAAGAAGAAGGAGAGCUUCGCCUGUCUUAGCAGCAACAGUGAUUGCUAUGAUGCCUGGUCUUAUAACAAGUCUUCCGACACUGGAAUUGGAUAUAUCUGCAAAUGUUCCUCAAAUUUCCAUGGCAAUCCAUAUAUACCCGAUGGCUGCCAAGGCUCUUCUGUGACUCACCCUGCAACUAAUUGCGCGACAAAAUGUGGUGACAUCGAUGUGCCCUAUCCAUUUGGGCUCGAAGAAGGCUGCUACAGGGAUGAAUCGUUUGCUCUGACAUGCAACGACACAGCCACUCCUCCCAUUCUCCUCCUCAAUUUCAGCUAUUCCCUGGCUCCAGUGAGUAACAUACUCUUGGAACAAGGGCAAUUAGAACUCAGGAAAACUGAUGGCUACAUCUUCGAGAUCCCAUCUGACGCAGACAAGCCUUUCAUGUUCCUUAACGAAAGCGCCAUGUUUAGCUGGGUCAUCCAGUAUCAAUCCUGCGAGGAGGCGAUGCAGAACAGGACGACGUACGCAUGUCGCAGCGAUCAAAGCAUUUGUCUGAACGCAAACAUCACCAACUCUGUUGGCAUCCAUCUGGGAUAUCGCUGCAAAUGUACCGAUGGCUACGAAGGGAAUCCUUACGUUUCUGAUGGCUGUGAAGAUAUCGAUGAAUGCACGCGUCCGGAAAAAUAUCUGUGCAAAGCGCAUUGUGUUAAUGGCAUUGGCAAUUACAGUUGCAUUUGUCCAGAAGGCACAUAUGGCGAUCCCAUACAUGGAUCAUGUAUUGCAGACAAAAAGCAAAUUCUUGUGCUUGGUGUAAUCCUUGGUGUAAGCACCGGCGUGGGGGUUCUUCUUCUAGGCAUAAGCUUUGUCGUCAUUUCUCGGAGAUGGAGAAAAAGAAAACAAAAAGAGACUAGAAAAAGAUACUUUCGUCAGAAUCAUGGUUUGCUGCUACAGCAAUUGAUCUCAUCCGAUGCUGAUAUAGCUGAGAAGACGAAGAUAUUCUCCUUGAAAGAUUUAGAGAAAGCGACCAAUAAUUUUGAUGACACCCGAAUCGUCGGUCGUGGAGGACAUGGAAUGGUUUACAAGGGAAUUUUAUCCGAUCAAAGGGUGGCCGCCAUCAAAAAAUCAAAAAUCGUGAAGAAGAAAGAGAUCGAUCAGUUCAUAAACGAAGUUGCCCUUCUUUCUCAAAUCAACCAUAGACAUGUGGUUAAGCUUUUCGGAUGUUGUUUGGAGACUGAAGUCCCCCUGUUGGUCUACGAAUUUAUCUCGAACGGGACGCUUUCUGAUCAUCUGCAUAUGCCAAAUGGUGAUUCAUCAUUGUCUUGGGAAGAUCGUCUGAGAAUUGCCACAGAAACCGCAGGAACUCUUGCUUACUUACACUCAGCCGCUAGCAUCUCUAUUUUCCAUCGAGACGUCAAGUCAUCCAAUAUACUCUUAGAUGAUCAUCUUACUGUAAAAGUAUCAGAUUUCGGAGCUUCAAGAUUCAUUCCUCUCGAUCAAACUCAUAUAUCUACCGGCGUGCAAGGUACAUUUGGAUAUUUGGAUCCUGAAUACUACCAAACCGGUCAACUAACAGAGAAGAGUGAUGUUUAUAGCUUUGGAGUCAUCCUCGUUGAGCUUUUAACAGGCAAGAGAUCAAUUUUCCACGCCGAGGACGGAGAAAACAUGAAUUUGUCCAUGCAUUUUCUCCAAGCAGUAAGAGACGAUCGCCUCAUAGAAUUUCUUGAAGCUCGUGUUGUGAAAGAAGGGAUGGAAGAAGGGCUUCACGAAGUGAUCCAACUUGCACAGAUGUGUCUCCAACUAAAAGGAAAUGAUCGGCCCACGAUGAAAGAAGUAGAGUUUAGGUUGCAGAGCUUGAGAAGGAUCAAGAAGCAGAGAAGGAAUAAUUGGACCGAUAAAGGUCAUGCAGACUCCGAAUGCCUAAAUGCAGUUUCUACUUUUCUUGGAAAGAAUAUUUACAGUAAUUUGGAUAAUAGGGCAAUUCAAGAAGCGUCUAGAAAUUAUAGCUUGGAGAAAGAGAUGAUGUCGUCACUAAAUUACGCACGGUAAGCAUAUUAAUCUUCUUGAUAAGUAGAUGCUUUGCUCGAUUCCUGUGGCACCCUUAUGAACACUUGGUUUGUGAUGUGCUUAAGUUGAUUGGCAGAAAAGUAAUCACAUUAUUUAUAUCCAUCUUUAAAUAUUAUUCUACAGAAUGCA